CGACGACAACGACGAUUUACUACCGACCUACCAAGGCCUUACGAGGAAACAAAAAAGAAAGAGACUUCUACGUUUGGAAACGUCCUUUUUAUUCACCAAUAUACCGCAAACAGGAAAACGCCGAAACGUUCAUUAUAA